CUUCAUGUGAGUGUGUCGUAACAUAAACGUGGUACUUUUUCAAGACUGGUGAAGCUUUAAUGGCUUGCAUCAUAGAGACACAGACACAUGUGACUCACCUGGUUACUUGUUAGGUACCGCUUACCACAAAGCGCUGCUACUCUCCUGGUAUUGUGCCUGUAUCUGUCACAGUGGUGUCCUCCUACUUCUCCUCACAGCUAUAUUGUUUGUUGGCUGAAGAAACAUGUUAUAGUCAAUAAUGCUAAGGACACAGUAGACAAACCAAAGCAUGAAAUAGAAGUUUCAUGAAACCAUAAUGUAGAUAAUCUUUGAGAUAAAUGUGUGCUCUGCUGAUGUGGUUCUUCAGCUCAAGACUGCCUCUCAGUGUGUGUCUGUCUGUUCGCUGCAGUGUGUGCUCACAUGAUUUGAUUUGGAAACUGCAGGACACUUGCAGUUUCCAAACAAUUCACUCUCACUGCAGCAGUCACCACUCUUCACAAGAAACCACCUUCUGCACCAUUCCUCACCACCAUUCGCUCAGAUAGGGCUGGGCCAUAUGGAGAAAAUCAAUUCAGAAAAUCUAUUGAUGUUGCGACAAUAUUGUAGUGUUGACGAUGGGUGCUUACACAAAAUAUUUACACAAUGGGAUUUUUGAUAAUAAACAGGACUCACGAUACGGUAUUAUCAUGAUACUUAUAUCACAAUAUUUUUUUUGCUAUAUUGCGAUAUGUUGAGUAUUGCGAAACAAUAUAUUGUGAUAUCCAACUGCAAAUUAUUUCCCCAAAGAAAAACUUUGUCAACAUCAAUUUUAUCUCAUAAGAUCAAGUUUACAGUCAGGUCAUGUGACUUAUAUCAUUUUUAUUGCAGGAAAAGGUGAUGCAAAGCAGACAGACUGACCAACACCAUCAUAACACCUGUCAGAAAUGCUGCAUACACCUGACAGACUGAACUGUGGGCUGAUUUUAACGCCCUCACACUCAACCCCCAUUCUUGUACUGCAUUUUGCAGGAGGUUUGCAGUGAACAUGAGACAGCAGUCUCCAGUCCUCUGAGAUAAUGUGCCGUUAUAGUCACAUAAGAAUCCACUGACCUUGAAGUCCGGGUGUCACAGGUUAACGCCACCCUUCCUGCUGUACGAAAAGAUUCCUCAGCUCUAUGCUUCACUUCUCUGUAGAGCUUGGGUACGGCUGUGUUGGUGUAGAAAUGUCGGGACGGAGUUACAUAAUAAAUAAUAAUAACUUAGACUUAUAUAGAGCCUUUCAAGAGACCCAAGGACGCUUUACAACAACAAAAAUAACAAUCUAGCAACCAAAAGCUAGGGUGAACAGGUGUCUUUUCAGUGCAGAUUUAGAAAUGUCCAGUGUUGGCGCCUGGCGAAUCUCCAUGGGGAGAGUUCCAGAAGGUUGGGGCUGCCACACUGAAGGCUCUAUCCCCGAAUGUUUGCCUACUGAUGUGAGGGACGUUGAGGAGACCCAAGUCAGCAGACCGCAGGUUCCGUGAGGGGGUGUAAUCAGUGAGGAGGUCCGAUAGUUACCGUGGGGUGAGGUCAUGGCGAGCUUUAUAGGCGAGGAGGAGGAGUUUGUAGGUGACAGAGUGUAUUUAACAUGCAACAAAAUAUUUCAUUUUCAACAACGCUGUAUAGACGCAGAUCUUUGCACUGACUUUGUUAUUUUCUACGCUCUCUAAGAGCCGGACGGUAGUUUCGAUACAAUAUCACCACGCAAAAUAUCACAAUACUAUGCUGUAUAUAAAUAUGUUUUCGAUAUAUUGCCCAGCCCUAAUUUCAGCUCUAUUAUCCACACGUUUUGAACCUGAAGAAAAUGGAUCCCUGCAUGUAUGUUUGCUAGGGCUGCACGAUACUUUUUAAACUUUUCAUUAAAUUGUCAUUGGGAUGUCAACUUGUGCGAUAGACACAUUGCAAAAGACAGCAAUAUCGCACACAUUGUUUUUUUUGAGUUUUGUUUUCAGUUUAGUUUGUUCAAUACCUCAUACCGUGCAGCCCUAGUUGUUACCUCCCUCACCUUGCUGUGUUCAUGUACUAACAGUUCAGCUGCAGUGGUGUUUCAGUGUGCAGUGAUAAGAUACUAACAGGUAUUGGUUGUAGUGGUGCAUCUCUGUGUGCAUUUUGUUAACCUGUACUCACUGUGAGUGUGUGCAUGUCUCCACAGGCAAAACUCCAGCCUCACCAUAUGAAUAUGGCUCCUUUGCUGACAACGGCAGCACUCUCAGCUCAGAGGCCGUCACUGACAGCGCUACAUCCACUGACAACAACUAUGGAUACAUGGGAGCCUUUCAAACGUCGCACAAUCCUCAAUCACCUGCACCACAUAGCCAUCCGCAUCGAGCGAUCAUUGGACAGUGUGGGGCGAAGCAGGCAGGAGUCUCUGAGCUCUGUGGAGGAGGACGACUACGACACGCUGGAUGACAUCAACUCAGACAAAAACAUCGUCCGCACCAAGAAAUUUUUAUGUGUGUCAGACCUGGCCCGUAAAGACAAGAGGGUCCUCAGCAAGAAAUACCAAAUCUACUUCUGGAACAUUGCUACUAUCGCUGUGUUCUAUGCGCUGCCAGUCGUCCAGCUGGUCAUCACCUAUCAGACGGUGGUUAAUGUGACAGGAAACCAGGACAUCUGCUUCUACAACUUCCUGUGUGCCCACCCUCUGGGAGCUCUGAGCGCGUUCAACAACAUCCUCAGUAACCUCGGUUACGUGCUGCUGGGACUCCUCUUCUUGCUUAUCGUCCUCAAAAGAGAUAUCGUCCACAACCGAGCCCUGGUCCGCAACGAUCUCAACGCGCUGGAAUGUGGUAUCCCAAAGCACUUUGGUCUCUAUUAUGCCAUGGGAACUGCUCUGAUGAUGGAGGGCUUGCUCAGUGCCUGCUACCAUGUCUGUCCAAACUACACCAACUUCCAGUUCGACACCUCCUUCAUGUACAUGAUUGCUGGAUUGUGUAUGUUGAAGCUGUAUCAGAAGAGACACCCAGACAUCAAUGCAAGUGCUUACACCGCCUACGCCUGCCUGGCUGCGGUCAUCUUCUUCUCAGUGCUGGGAGUGGUAUUUGGGAAAGGAAACACAGUGUUCUGGAUCGUUUUCUCAGUGAUCCACAUCCUGGCCACUAUGCUCCUCAGCACACAGCUCUACUACAUGGGCCGGUGGAGGCUGGACUCGGGGAUCCUGCGCAGGAUGGUGUACGUCGUCUACACAGAUUGCAUCCGACAGUGCAGCGGACCCAUGUACAUUGACCGUAUGGUUCUGCUCGUCAUGGGAAACAUAGUCAACUGGUCGCUAGCUGCCUACGGCCUCAUAGAGAGACCCAACGACUUUGCCUCCUACCUGCUGGCCAUCGCCAUCUGCAACCUGCUGCUCUACUUUGCCUUUUACAUCAUUAUGAAGUUGCGGAGCGGUGAGAGAAUCCAGUGUCUGGCGUUGGUGUGUGUUCUGUUCACAGCCGUGGUGUGGGGCUUUGCACUCUAUUUCUUCUUCCAGGGUCUUAGCACCUGGCAGAAAACUCCAGCAGAGUCCCGUGAGCACAACAGGGACUGUAUCUUGCUUUCAUUCUUUGACGACCACGACAUUUGGCAUUUCCUCUCCUCCAUCGCCAUGUUUGGAUCCUUCCUGGUCCUCCUGACCAUGGAUGACGACCUCGACACAGUCCAGAGAGACAAGAUCUUUGUCUUCUAGAUAUGUUGAAUCUCCUACGAUGAGCUCAGCUCCUCCUCUCUGCCUUAUCACCCUCAUCUCUCUCCGUUCGCGUCUCCUUUGUGUAAAAAAAAAAGAAGCACAGCCAGUAGCCUGUUUCUCCCAGGCUGUACGGCAGGCGCCCCCUCCGCCCGUCACAGCCAAUCAGCCAGUCAGGGAAGGGCAGUAGCCCCUCCCUCCACCUGUAUGGACACAAACGUGCCAACGAAAAGCCCGGGUUUCGACGUCGAGUGAUGCUGAAGUGUUUUGUCCUCUCGCUGCCAUCAUCAAUAUAUCUGUUGUAAUCGAUGUUUACUUACUGCUGACGAUGAAGAUAACAAUGUACACACUCGCUAAAAGAAACAGUCCGAAUUAACUUAUUUUAUACUGUCCGCAUUACAUUUGACCUGCAAUGCAUUUUGAAAUUACUGUUUGUAUGCUGUUUAUAUGCUGUGUGUGUGUGUGUGUUUGUACAGAGGUGUGCGUGUGUUUACAAACAUUAACGUGAGAACAUGAACUCUGUCCAGUCUGUCAGUGGCCUUUAAUGUUCUAAUCAUGUUAGUCACAUACUGUGCUCUGAUUGGUCAGAUCCUCAAACUAGCCGUCCUUCUCGUCGGAGAACGUUAAUAAUAAUAAUGAUAAUGAUUGUAUUUACUUCUCGACUGCCCUCAAGCCUGAAUGCUAAGGUAUUUUUUGCACUGUACUGUAUGAAAAACUGAUUUUAAUGUCAAAUGAGCGGUUACUGAAUAAAGGUCUCAUUUUCAGAUACUA